AUGAAACGGGCUCCGGAGACAGCGAAAGAACUGGGUACCACGAUACGUAAGCUGACCAUCAUCAUUGGCGAGUUGGCGACUUCUCUCGAGAAGAUCUGUGAAGUGAGUGUCACCGACUGGAUGGCCAUCGGCGACAGCGUGGUCAGCAAGACGGAAAAGCUUAACCUGGAGAACAUUCCACCUUACACGACCUUCAUACCGAAGAUGAAGGAAUUUAAGCCACAAAAGCUUCUUGGUGCCGGCGGAUUUGGGGCGGUGUACAAAGCGGUGUACACGCCGGCCAACUAUAUCUGCACCGUGAAGUUGGUGGCCAUGGACCGGUUCACACGGCACAAGCAGGCCUGCAUAGACAAGGUGGUCGCGUCCGUCAUACGCAGCCCGUUCCUGGUGAAGUACUACUGCUGCUUCUGCGCCAAGGACUCAUACGUGACCAUGAUGGAGUACAUCUCGGGCGUGGAUCUGAUGCGCGUGGUGACAAAAGCUACGUACCUGAAUAUCGACCACGUGCAGAUUGUCAUAGCACAGCUGAUUCUAGCACUGGAGCAUCUUCACCUACGAGGCUUCUUGCAUCGAGACGUGAAGGUAUCCAAGUAA